UGUAGCUACAUCAGGCGAUCAGGCAUAAGUGGCGUGUAGCAGCAUGUAGUCAAUCAGUGGAGAAUAGCUCAGUUGUCGCUAUCAGUUUCUCUUAUGUUGCAAUAAUUUGUAUAUAUUCAAAAGGUUUUUUGUGUAAAGAAUACCAAAAACGGAAUUAGUUUCUAGUAAAUAAAAAAUAGAAGUGUAAUAAUAACAGUAUUUCAAAAUGCAAGAUCCAAAUGAAGACACCGAAUGGAAUGAUAUUCUUAGGAGGAAAGGUAUCAUACCUGAGAAGGAAAAGGAACAGGAAAUUACUGAGGAUCAGAUAGUAAAUCUCUUGGAGAAUACAAUAGAUGAGAAAACCGGACGUGAUCGUAACAAUUUAGAAGAGAAGACUUUGGAUGAGUUGGAUGAGCUGGAAGAUGAAGAGGAUGAACGAGUUCUAGAGGAAUAUCGACGAAAAAGAAUAGCAGAAAUGAAGGAGUUUGCAAACAAAUGUAAAUACGGGGAGGUGCAAGAAAUAUCUGCAGAAGAUUACGUUAAGGAAGUUAACAAUGCUGGUGAAGAUGUUUGGGUUAUUUUAUAUCUUUACAAAUCUGGCAUUCCACUCUGUACUCUAAUCAAUCAGCAUCUUGCCAGUCUAGCAAAAAAGUUUCCUGCCACUAAGUUUUUGAAAAGUAUCUCUACCACUUGCAUCCCAAAUUGGCCCGACAGUAAUCUUCCUACAAUAUUCAUUUAUCGUGAUGGAAAUAUGGUGAAACAAAUUAUUGGGCCUCUCGAAUUCCGUGGCAUGAAACUGUCUGAAGCAGAAUUAGAAUGGAUGUUAGGACAGGCAGAAGCAAUACCAACGAAGAUUAAAGAGGAUCCUCGACCCAAGAUCAAUGAUGUUUUAUUUUCAAGUUUAAAAAACGAAAAUAAUCUUGAUGAUGGUAACGAUUGGUAAUUUUACUUACAGUCAUU